UCAGUCCCGUCUGAACAGCAGCGUGUAAUGAGGGCAGAACUCAUGCGGCUCCAUCUUGCCAUAUCUCUGUGGGUCGAUGGCCACCAGCAGAAACAGGGCGAAGUAGACAAAUGUCCCCAGCCACACCAUAUUAGAGGCCGACACGAACCCCCACAGCCGCUUCGCCACCGCAUUCGAGCCCUUCUCUCUUGACAGCAGAGGCAGGUUCGUCACGCGCACUAGAAACUGAACACCCAGAGAGAGAGGGAGGGAGGGGGAGAGAGAGGUGUUCAGACAUAUAAUCGUGUCUGCGUCGUUUGUGUGGCGCAUUGACCAGAAGGAGGUUCCAUUCAAGAGUGGCCUCGAUUGCGACGAGGACGAGUAUGCCGCCCAGCCUCUCGGCCAACCGCUGGGCCGAUGGGUGCAGCACCUGGUCCACCCAUGUGAAGGAGAGGUGCGUGAAGACCAGUGUGGUGAGCUCGGCCAAAUUGUAGACGUGCAGCUGCUGAGAGAAGGAGAGAGACACAUAGAGACACGACACAGAGAGUGCCUGUGAAGGCGAUUUCUGCGUUGUUACGUCGCUGAUGCAUCUGAGUAGGCGUGGCGACGCGUGGUGGGCCACGAAAGUGGUCUGCACGUCCAGGAAGGUGCUCAGAGACCGCACAGAGGACCGGUUGAGGGCGGUGCGGAGACGGUCGACAGACGUGAAGCUGAUCAUGGUCGACAGGCUGCUCGUCGGCCGGGUCAGGCGCUGUUCUCGCUUGUCUACUGUCGUAUCAUUGCUCGCUGUCUUGGUGGCCAUGGUGUCACCGGAUGGCGAAGACUGCCGCUUGGGGGGGUGGGUGCCGCCGAAACCACCACACUGGUCUGGUGGGCGCUUGCCUUUGUUGCCAGUGCGCCAGUAGGGUCCAAUCGUCUGCAUCAGUCGUCUGCGCGCAGCCAUGCCCAGAAUGGGACCUGACAGACACAAGGGCCGCCGCAAUGUGUCGCUUUUUGUGUCGGUGCGCUCUUGGCCGCUAACUGAAAGGGAUUGCCAUGUCUGAGAGACACAUCGGCAGCUCACAGUACUAAUCAUGGUCUCGUACAUUCCCAUUCAGUGUUCUUUUCACCUGUGAAGAAGCCGGAAACGCCGAACAUGAGGGAGUUGAGUAUCUGCACUUGAAGGGUGUCCAUGCGGGCCUGCAGCAUCCGUGGCAGCAACUGCAGUUAGUGAGACAAUGACACCCGGCACGCCAUGAGCCAAUGCACACACACGCACACACACACACACAGGUGGAUACCAAGCACGAGAAGACAAUGAACGAGAUCGUGGGGAUUGUGUGCGACACCGGGCCAUCCUGCACGCAAAGAGAGAGAGAGAGAGAGAGAGACAAACACGCUUUGCUGCCCUUUUGCUGCCCUUUUGCUCACUCGCCCACCCCCCGCAGUCAGUCUCUCACUUUGACUUGCCGUGCGAUGGAUGCGACCAGCGCCACAAAGGGCCAACCCGACACGAGCACGGUGAAUGCCACCCGCGUCCUUUCCCCGUCGGUUGUCGCAACUAUCGCCAGAGGCAGGUACAGGUAGUUAAAAACCUAACCGACAGACAGACCACUUCAGUGUCUCGAGACACAUGCUUCAGCACAGUGCCCAACCGGCCCACCAGGGAGAAAGAGACGCAGACAGCCCAGAUGGAGGUCAUUUGGAGGGCAUACACCUGCGGCCUCUUCACGGUCUUGAUGUCUUUGCCGCAGCUGCGGAAGAACAGGUAAGGGCUGAUGAACAGGUACAAGGGCAGCGACGGGUACAGAACGACUGCGUGCUGCACCAGAGCCGACGCGCCGCCGUGGAAGGCAAUGAAACACCCGAGAGACGUAUAUAUCAUCGGCAGAAAGUACACCCACUUUCUCCGGAACCGCCGCCAAGCCGCGCGCAGAUCGAUUUCCACCAUCAGGGUGAAACACGCGAUGUAGCAAAAGGUGAUCAUCAAGCGGCGAGUGAGGUCCAGGAUGACCCACGGCACCGUCACAGAUCGGUCCUCACAAGCGCGCCAAUAGCCCACAUACACGGCCGCCCACACAGCGCCCAUCACGGCUGCGAAGCCCAGCUGCCGCAAGAUAACACGGGCAGGCCUCUUCAUCGUGCGGAAGAAGGGCUCGGGGGUGAACCGGGCCACCAGCACCUCCACGUCACCUCUGGUCUCGUAGCACAAGGUCGUCUCGAACUCCUGAUAUGACGCGUCGGGGUAGUCGGCGGCCUCCCGAAACUCCGCCACCUCCGCGAUGAGUGCCUUCUCCUCUGCCAACAUGGCCCUCUCACGCCUGCGGGUCUGGUGCACCUCUUCGUCUCCCACGUCAUCGCAGCUGAUCUCUGCGCACUGCCCCACAGCCUCGAUGGUGUACUGCUGCUGAGCAAUUU